UGAUUGUUCUCAAUAGGAAUCUGUUCUUUUGCAAUUAGUAAUUAGCAAAUGCGUGGUCCCUGUACUUUUGUCUGCUUCCUCAUCUGAUCAACGCUUAAUUUAUGGUCUUUGGAUUCUAUCGAAGUCGGAUAAUAUAUAUUGUGGUUAUUAACUCUUCUUCUGAAAAACCCUUUUGUUGUUUCAGAAUUCCAACUCUUUUGUCGCUCGCCUUGAAGCUUUUUGGUUUUUUUCAAUCUGGGCACAUCAAUGGGCACAGAAAGUUUCUAACUUUGUUAUAAAGACAAGAACAGAGAGGGGUGUUGUUUUGAAUUUGAUGAUCGGGUGUUUUAAGGACCAAACAUAUGUUUUGAUGAGGGUUUUGCUGUGUAAGAUCCAGUGCCCUUCUUUCAUCUGUUUCUGUAAGCCUUCUCCUCAUAUCUACGCAUCUGGUUCUCUUAAAUUGGAGAACACCCCUCCUCAAGUGUCUCCUUCUACUACUGUUGUUCAUGAUCGUGAUCAUCAUGAUGAUAAUGUCGACGAUGCACAUGUAGACGAAGAGGCUGUUGAUCAUGUGGAUGUUUUGUUGUCUGAGGAUAGAGAAGAAGAUUGUGCAGCUCUAGAGGUGAAAAAAGAAGAAGAAGAAGGUCAUACUAAUGGGGAAAUCUUGAGAAGUAGUCUCAGAAAGGAAGUUUUAGAUUCAGCUGAUGGUGGGAGAAGGGAGAAGAAGAAGGUACAGUGGGUGGAUUUGAUGGGGAAAGAACUUGCUGAGAUCCGAGAAUUUGAGUCUAGUGAAGAAGAAGAUGUCAGAUAUGAUGGCGAUCAAAGCUGUGUUUGUGUUAUUCUGUGAUCGAUUCGGUGUUUUAAGCGGAGAUAUGGCAAUGGUGAAAAGUGAAGAAGCUUGCUUGAGAAUUGGCUCUGUUCAGUUUGCGGCUUUGGAUUUAGAAUCCAUCUUCAUUGAGGUACAUAUAGUAGAGUCUACAUUUGCUCAACUGAGGUUAUUUGAUUUUCGAUUCAGCGGUUAUGGUUUUAGAAUUGUUAAAAGAAUUGCAUUCUGUUACAUUUGUUUACUUGACCAGUUAAUGGAGUUAUUUCUUAAUCUGAGAUUCAAGAAGCUUUUGAAUUUAAACUCGCUAUGUCCAUUAUAA